UUUUUUUUUCCUUUUUUUUGGUUCUAUUUUUUUUGGUUUUAUUUUUUUUUCCCGCUAGCCGUCUUGCAGAAAGUCCACCUUGGCCUGCGUCCUCGACGGUAGCCAACCACGGGAUUCGGCCGAUGCGUUGAAGAUUUAAGACAAAACCCAAAACCUGUCAUGGAAUGAAAGACCGUCUGAUAUAUGCUCAGCUGUAUCAACUAUAUUAAAAGGAAACGCGAAUAUCGCGCCACUGAGGGGUUUUCGUGUUGCCCUCAGUGUCUUUCUCGUUAAUCACCGUCAGUCGUUGGCUUGAGGAAAAAAAAAAAAAAACACUCAUCGCCAGCCGCCUCUGUCGACCAAGAAUGUCGGUAGAAACAGCGGCACCAGAAGCCAUGGCGGACGUCAUCGUCAUCGGCGCCGGCCCUUCUGGCCUUUGCGCUGCCAAGACGUUCCUCCAGCUGCAGCCCGAUGCCAGUGUGGUCAUCCUCGAGGCGUUUCCGUCUCUGGGGGGCGUCUGGGCGACGGAGCGCCUCUUCCCGACCCUCAGGACCAACAACCUCACGGGCAACUUUGAGUUUACGGAUUUUCCACUGACGCCGGAGCGGUUCGGCGCCAGUCCGGGGCAGCACAUCCCGGGCGAGUCCAUGAACGCCUACUACAAGGCCUACGCGGAACACCACCAGCUUACGGGCAGGAUACGCUACAACGCCAAGGCCUCAGAGGUUCGGAGGCCCGCGGAGGGGGAGGGGUGGCUGGUGGAGGUGGAGGACACCAGCAAGCCGCACGACGAUGAGGAGCGCCAGCCGCCCCAGACGGAGACGCUGCGGUGCAGGAAGCUCAUCGUCGCGACGGGCGUGCACCCCAAGCCCCGGAUCGCCGAGCUGCAAGGGGCGGCAGACUUCAAGGGGCCCAUCAUCCACUCCUCGGAGAUGGGGCCCAAGUUCGACACGGUCUUCAACAGCGGGGCGAACAAAGAAGGGGAUGACAACAGCGCGCAGCGCAAAAAGACAAUCUGCGUCAUCGGCGGCAGCAAAUCAUCCUACGACGCGGCGUACCUGGCGUGCGUGACGGGCCACGAGGUCGACUGGGUGAUCCGCGAGACGGGCCGCGGGCCGUCGUGGAUCAUGCCGUCCUGGGCGAGGAUGGGCCCGUUCAAGCUGGUGAGGGAGAGGCUGGCCAGGGUCCGGUUCAUAUCCUUCAUGUCGCCGUGGGCGUUUGACGACUUUUCGGGCGUGGGCUGGCUGCGGGAGGCGGUGCACGGGACGGCGGCGGGGAGGUUCGUCAAGGGCAAGUUUUGGAAGCUGAUGCACUUCACCACGGCGGUGCAGACCGGGUUCAAGGGCAAGUCUCCGCACAGGGUUCUGGAGCCGGAACAUAGCCCGUUUUGGUACGGAACGGCGACCGGUAUUGACAACUACGACAAGAGCCUUCACGACUUUGUCAAUUCCGGACAAAUCAGGGUCCACAGGGACGACAUAUCACACCUCUCCGAGCACAAAGUCCACCUAUGCCGUGGCCAGGAGCUCCAAGUAGACGCCAUAGUAGCCGCGACAGGGUACUGGGCCAAGCCGGCCAUAAACUUUGUCCCCGAGAGCACGCACUCUGGGCUCGGUGUGCCGUCCAUCUCGCUCAGCCAAUCGCAGCAGCUCCACUGGCGCAGGCUCGAGGCGGCCAGCGACGCCAAGAUCGGGGCACGGUUCCCGGAGCUGAUCAAGGGACCCCCGCAGAGCAGAAAGUCAAAAUCCCCCGCCGAGCGCUGGUCAAAGAGCAGCACCGCCACCGGGAAAGGCGCCGGGGGUCGCCCCGCACUGUACAAGUUCGGAUCCGCGGACCACGAGAUGCCCUACAGCCCCUGGCGUCUGUACCGCGGCAUCGCGCCGCCGGGGCUCGCGGCGACGGGCGACCGAUCGCUCGCCUUUGUCGGCAUCCACAGCAACCUCUCCAACAUGCUGCGGCUCGAGGUGCAGAGCCUGUGGGCGGCGUCGUAUCUGCUGGGGCACGCGCUGGACGACCCGAACCUGGACGGGUCGCCGCGGUCGGCCAAGGCCAUCUUUGAGGAGGCGGCGCUGCUGCAGCGCUGGUCGCAGCGCCGCGCGCCGCUCGGCCACGGCCGGUCCUUCCCGGACAUGGUCUUUGACCAGAUCCCCUACUGGGACCUGCUGCUGCACGACCUCGGCCUGCCGACCGCGAGGAAGGGCAGCCUGUGGAGGGAGCUGUUUGAGCCCUACACCCAGCAGGACUUUGGCGGCCUCGUCGACGAGUACCUGGCCAAGGGAGGGGCGCGGCGCAGGGCGUCCGAGGAGUCCGCCUCGCGCCACAGGGUUGUCUGCGAGUCGCGGGAGCAGCCGAGCAGCCUGGCGUACGGGUUGAGGGUGGUGCAGUGGGCGGGGUUGGCGUCCAUGACGCUGUGGUUCUUUUAUUGGGUUUUGGUGGUGAGGCAGUUUUGAGCUGGGGUUUGCUCCUUUUGGCAUGCUUUACUUUUACUGCACAAGUCCAAGUCUGGUGGUGGUGGUGGUGG